GAAAACUUUAAAUCCAGGGAGGAUAUUUUGAACAAUAUCAUGAAGGCACUACAAAGGCCUAGCAUCAACACUGUCGGAGUGUAUGGGGAUGAUGGUAUUGGGAAGACCAUGCUCGUUAGAGAAAUGAAAAGAAGAGCCGAGAAAGAGAAGUUGUUUGAUGUGGUUGUUAUGGCAACUGUGAGGAUGAAUCCAGACUUGCCAAGAAUUCAACAUGAAAUUGCAUGUGGCUUGGGUCUGGAUCGUGUUACUAAUGAAUAUACAUCUCAAGGAGCUUCCAAUCUGGAAAAGGCAAGGCAAACAGAAAAGAAGGUCCUCCUAAUUUUGGACGAUGUUUGGCAGCCAGAAAUGUAUUCAAAGUUGCGUGAAAGACUUCCUUUGGUAGAUGAGAAAGAGGACAGCUUAUUAUCUUACAAAAUUUUGCUAACCUCUACAGAGCGAGCUGUUCUAUCUAAUUUAUCCGAAGAACAAUUUGAAAUUCACCCAUUAGAAGAAAAAGAAAAUUGGGAGCUGUUUAAGAAGAUAGCAAUCGACCAGGAUGAAAGUAUUCCGUUGCCGUUUUAUGCAGAAGAAGAGAUUGUCAGCAAGUGUAACCAAUUGCCCAUUGCUGUUACAACACUUGCAAAGGCCUUGAAGAGCCGGAAUCCAGUAAAGUGGAAGGCUACUUAUCGAAAGCUACAAAGCUACUCUCAUUACGAGUUUCUUCAUUCAACCUUGGAGUUAAAUUAUGGUUUGAAAAGCGAGGAACUCCAACAAACUUUCUUGCUUUGUUGUCUAAUGGGUCAUAAUGCAGCCAUUGAAGACUUGUUGAAAUAUGCUGUAGGCUUGGGCUGGUACCAAGGAGUCGACUCUAUAGAGGAAGCACGAGAUAAAGUAUCGAAGUCGGUGUCUGAACUCAAAAAAUCUUCUCUGUUGCUGGAUAGUGGCAGCAAUAUCCACUUUGACAUGCAUGAUCUUGUUCGGAAUUUUGCUAUAUGGUCAAUUGCUUUUGGAGAAGUAGAACUGGACAGCUGGUCGACAACAAUGGAAAGCAUCAAAUGGAUUUAUUUAUCAAAUGCUUACGGUCAUGAUCAGCUUCCAGAUGAGUCGAACUGUCCGGGGCUCACUUUCUUUCAUUUGUCUCAAGAGGAUCCUUCUAAACCAAUUCCACCAAAUUUUUUUAGUGAAAUGGAACAACUCAAAGUCCUGGGUUUGACUAAAACUUGGUCAGUGCCUGGGUCAAUUUCCCUCCUAAAAAAUCUUAAUACCUUGUGUCUGGAUCAAAGUGUGUUAGCAGUUGAGAAACUGGGCAGCAUUAUACAAACGCUGAAUUUGCAAGUCCUCAGCCUUGUGGGAUGUAAUAUUGAAGAGCUGCCAUACCAAAUAAUGGCACUGUCCAACCUGAAGUUGUUAGAUUUGAGUGACUGUAACAAACUCAAAAUAAUUCCACGAGGUGUCCUGUCAAGAUUGUACAGUUUACAAGAACUAUAUAUGAGAAACAGCUUCAGACAAUGGGUGAUGGAGGGCGUUAACGAGCAGGAAAAAUCAAAUGCUAGCCUUUCUGAGUUGGAGCGAUUACCGAGGCUAACUGCUAUAGAGGUAGGAAUUAAUAUUCCCAGCAUCGAGAUGAUUAAUAUAAACCUGUUCCGUAGAAAUCUGGCAAGAUACGUGAUUCUUGUAGGAGAUAUGUGGCACUCCUGGGAUAGUUCUUAUGGUAGUUCAAAAAUGUUGAAGCUCAAGCUAGAUGCAAAAAUUAGUUCUGAGCAUCCCGUUAAGAAGUUGCUAAAGAAGACAGAGGAACUACAUCUACAGGGGUUGAGUGGUGUCAAUAAUGUUGUUAAUGAGUUAGAUGAGGAAAGUUUUCAAGAAUUGAAGUAUCUCUUCAUCCAAGAUGCUCAGAAUGUUCAACAUAUCAUUACCUCAAGGAAGCAUGAUGGUCAACAUAUCAUUACCUCAAGGAAGCAUGAUGGUCAGAAUGUUGAUCAAGAUAGCAGAAACUCAAUACCGCCUGCAUUUCCGGUAUUGGAGGUGUUAGUUCUUCGCAAUUUGGAAAAAAUGGAGAAGAUAUGCCAUGGUUUGGUUGGAGGAUCAUCUUUUAGUAAAUUAAUAAAGAUAGAGGUUGAAUUUUGUAAUCAACUAAAGAAUUUGUUCUCCUCCUCUAUAGCUAAACGAAAUCUUCUCCAACUGCAAGAAAUUAGAGUGAUAAAGUGCAGCAACAUGGAAGAGAUUGUUGAUGACGACAAGCAAGGGGGCGAAAAUGAUAUCUUGAAGGAACUGCGGUUCUUGAGAUUAGAAGAUCUACCAAAGCUGAAUGCCUUCUACUGUAGUUGCAAGAGAAUGACACUUUUCAGAGAACAGGUUGCAUCUUUCAGUGCUGCUAAACUGAUGAAAUUGAUCAUUAAGGGAUGUGAUAAUUUGGAAUGCAUAUUCUCAUCUUCUAUGGCUCGAGGUCUAAAUAUGCUGAAGCACCUUGAAAUAAGGAAAUGCAGCAGUAUGAAAGAGGUCAUUUUUACAGAUAAUAACGUAGAAGAAAAGAUAAUUUUCCCUCAGUUGAACAUUCUGGAGAUAAAAGACCUUGAAGACCUUGUCAAUUUCAACUCAGGAAAUUGUAUUGUUGAAUUCAAAUCAUUGAAGAAACUGCAAGUGUUGAACUGCCCAAAAUUGGAGGGAUUCAUUGCGAACACACAGACACUCUUUAAUCAACAGGUCAAGUUUCCUAACUUGGAGUUUCUAAGGCUGUCUUCAAUUAACAUUAAACAAAUUUGGCACAUUUCGAGUAACGCUUCUGUUAAAAACUUAAAGAAGUUGCUUGUGGAGGGUUGUGGUAAUUUGGAGUAUCUAUUGACAUGCUCUAUGGUUAAGAGUUUUGAACAACUCAUGGUGCUCAAGAUUUCUAACUGUAAGAUGAUGGAAGGGGUAAUAAAUGAAGAGGAAAGGAUGUGCGAGAUUUCCUUUCCUGAAUUGGACACCCUAGAACUUGAAGACCUUCCCAAACUCACAAGAUUUUGUCUUGGAAACUCCAAUGCUACAAUAAACUCCAAUCCUGCUGCCAGUAUUGAAAAGAUUUGUGAUUGUGAAAUGAUGGAAGAAAUAAUACAUUCAGAAGAAUCAAAGGAAGAAACAAUUUCCUUCCCUGAACUACACACCCUAGAACUCAUAAAACUUCCCAAAUGCACAAGAUUCUAUCACGCAGAAAAUACUGACACACCAUUUCUCUUUAAUGAAAAGGUGGGGCUACCUAAGUUGAAGUUUUUAAGCCUGUCUUCAAUUGACAAUUUGAAAUAUCUGUUGACGUCUUCAAUAGUUAAGAGUUUUGAGCAAUUCAUGGCGCUCAAGAUCUGUGACUGUAAGAUGAUAGAACAGGUAAUCAUCUCAAAUGAAUUAGUGGAAGAAGAAAAGAUGUGUGAGAGUUUCUUCUCUAAACUGGACACCCUAGAACUUGAAGACCUUCCCAAACUUGCAAGACUGAGUGGGAGGAUAUGUCACAUGCUACCUGCCAGGCACCUUGUAAUUUGGAGGGGUGAUAAUCCUGCUUAUUGGAGGUGGUUCAAACCUGAUCCCAGGUUCCCUGAGGUUGCAGAGGCUCUUGUUAAUAUCAUCUUUCAAAUCCAUGGAAGGAUUAGUACUCGCAUGCUUUCUCCAAAAACACGUUAUAAGGCUUACCUUGUGUUCAAGCUGGCGGACAAACCCGAUGGAUUUAAAAAUAAACCUAUUGAAGCUGCUAUUCUACUUGGCGGAGCUGAAGUUUCAAAGCGAAACGUGUACGAGCUGCAGGCAGAAAGUGAAAUUGUAGGAAAUGGUGAUCACUUCCCCCAAGAGAGGGGAGAUAAUUGGCUUGAGGUAGAAUUGGGUGAAAUUGAAUUCACCAAAGAAAGAGGUGGUGAUUUGGAAAUAUAUCUUGAGGAGAGAAUUGAUGACAAUAGGCGCGGUGUCAUUAUUCAAGGCAUGGAGAUCAGGCCAACUUAGCUGGACAUAAUAAGAUUUUCUUUCACCUUGUGUAUUUAUGUGUGGGAGGAACAUUUCUCCUCGUGUUAAAUUAUGGUCAGUUCUGUUAUCGUCUAAGCAUGAUCUUUAAA